AUGGAUCUCAUCCGCGGGCGCAUGGUCGACGAGGCGCUGGCCGUCCUGCGGUUCACGCGGAAGAGUGUUGCCAGGGACAUACUGAAGGUGCUCCGCUCGGCGGUCGCCAACCUGCAACAGCGGGAGGGCGCCAGCGGCGACACCGACAGGCUGUGGGUUGACGAGUGCUAUGCCAACCAGGGGCCUUCGCUCAAGCGGAUCCGUCCGGCGGCGAUGGGGCGCGCGUUUCGCAUCACCAAGCGGACGUCGCAUCUGACGGUGAGCGUGCAGGAACAGCCGGAAGCGGUGACCGCGGUCGCUGCGGAAGCGUCCGACAAGACGGCCGCUGGGCCCGCGGAGAAGAGCGCUACUGCGGCAGGUGGCCGCACACCCCGGCGCCGGCGCCGCGGGCGCUCCGGACGCUGA